CCUGUUUUGUCUGACAAGUCUGCCCGGUGCGCGGCAUGUCGAAUGGCGACUGCAUGGCUGACGAAGCGCCUGGCCACCCUGGAUGCCUUCGAGGUUGAACGAGGAUAUGGUGGCGACGCCAAAGAUGAAGACCUCAUCGAGUUCGUCACAGAUGGUCUUCUCACAGACAUUGACAUUGCUGGGACAACUCCACAAGAAGAGCUAGGAAAUGCUGGAUUUUGCAGCUUGGGCGCAAAUCUAGCGGACAAGGUGACCAACUUGAGGAGGUUGAACCUUCGGAGGAUUGGCUUGACAAGUGCCGGAUUUCGCGAGGUCGGCCGUUUGCUGACUCGUUGCCCAGCGUUAGAGGUCCUAGAUGUUAGCUACAACGAUGCUGGAGCAGACGGUCUGCGAAAAGACUUCUGCGAAGCUUUGGAUGAUGCUAGGUCUUUGAGAGUACUCGAGAUGAGAGGAUGUGGGCUUCGCGACGAAGGGCUUGAUGCUCUUUGCACGACGCUGGAGCGUUUUGAUGAAGCAUUGAGGCCAGUGGUAGCAGUGCAGAAGCUGAGUCUGAGUACGAAUCACAUCACAGCUGAGGGAGCCAGGCGGUUGGCGCGGAUGCUGUCUACCAACUUGAAGCUUGAGGAAUUGGAUCUGUCAGACAACGACUUGCAGAAGGCAGGCGGGGAGGCCAUCGCAUCGGGCCUUGUUGGCAACAAGGGACGCCUGCAGAAGUUGAAUAUGUCCCACAACCGUCUGAGGGCUGGGGGUGCUCGACCCUUGCUCCAGAGAUUCCUAGAGACCGAUUCCAAGCUGCAGAUUUGCAUCAGAAGGCUCGCAGGAACAAAGCAUGGGUUUGUGCUGGCCGGCAUGACGGUCACUGGCUUGGAGUUCCUCGGCUGGGUGGAGCAGCACAACAACAACAAUCGAAGUGAGGCCGUUUUUCCUGGCGACAGGAUUGUUGAGGUCAAUGGCAAGACGGAUUCUGAAGAGAUGCUCUAUGAGCUGACAGUUGGAGAGGUGCUGAAUAUCAUGCUAUUGCGUGAUGGUGUUUGCAUGAAGACUUUGGACCUGUGCUACAACUUGCUGGGCACGAAGGGCUCGGAGGAGUUGAUGGCAAUCGUUGGAUGCAAAAGACAGGGAUCUAUGCUUGGAAAUCAAGUGCGGUUGGAUGGUGGCAGGAUCCUGCUCAUGAAUGCGUACUAGCACAGCAAACGACCUUGGACUUGCCAAGCAAGCAUCAAGGACUUCAGAAGUCUAGCCACGCUACAUGCGUGGAUCAUGUCUCCUGACCUUGUCAGAGGGUAG